AAAGAAAAGCCUUGUUUCUUCCAUUUUGCUCUGUUAAAACUAGCUAAAGAUUCUGUUUUUUCUUCACUUGUAACCAGUCUUGAACUUUGGGUUUCUUUCCUUGUUUAGUGAUGGAAGGUGGGUUAGUUUUACUUGGCGGUGGCGGUGGCGGUAACGGUGGUAGUUCUUCUGGGGUUUCGACAAAUGAAUCUGCGGUGUUGUCUAAAGUGGAGGUUGUUUCUGAGGCUGAGAGUGAGUUGGAGUUGGGCUUGGGGCUGAGCCUUGGUGGCGGCGGCUGUUCUACAGGGAAGACCAAGGCUUCUAAUUCUUCAUGGGGAGAGUGUGGCAGAAUCUUGACUGCAAAGGACUUCCCUUCUUCAGUUGUUUCUCAAAGAACAAACAAUGGCGGUCCUUCUUCUGUUGCUGUUUCUGGGACCAAGAGAUCUGCUGAGUCUGUGUCCCAUGACAGUGGUUCCCCUACUGCUGUCAGCCAAGUUGUGGGGUGGCCACCCAUAAGAGCUUAUAGGGUGAACAGCUUGGUGAACCAAGCAAAGGCACAGAGAGGUGAUGAAGAAGAUAAACCCAAAGAUGAUUUGAAGAAGAAACACAAUUACAAUGGUAAACAAAUCAGUUCAACUGUUAAUGAGAAAGGCCAUCUUGGGUUUGUUAAGGUGAAUAUGGACGGGAUUCCAAUAGGAAGGAAAGUUAAUUUGAAUUCUCAUUCUUCCUAUGAGAGCUUGGCUCAGGAACUUGAAGAUAUGUUCCUUAGAUCUGCUAAUUCAGUUGAGAAGGAACCAUCAACAAUGGCUUCUAAGCUUUUGGAUGGAUCAUCUGAAUUUGUUUUGACUUAUGAAGACAAAGAGGGGGACUGGAUGCUUGUAGGAGAUGUCCCAUGGAGGAUGUUUGUCAGCUCAGUUCGAAGGCUUCGAAUCAUGAGGACCUCUGAGGCUAAUGGACUUGCCCCGAGAUUCAAUGAAAGCAAUGGAAGGCAAAGAAGCAAGCCCAUUUAGUCACAUCAUCGCUGAUAUUCCAUAAAAAAAUGAAAAAGAAGAAAAAAAAACUCCACAGGUUGAACACUGAAGUUAAAGCAAAUUAGAGAAGGUGAGCUGAAUAUCGACAUCACGCUCGAGAUUCGUUCCUCACCGCAUGUUAGAGUCAUCGUCCUCGAAUCUUUACAUGAUUCUCGCUGCUGUUUUUUUGGUUGGUUUUGUUUUUUUAGGUCUAGUUUUUCACUCUUAUACAGUGCCAUGAUCAUAUACAAUCCAGCAACCUUUGACUGAAAGCUGUUUUGUCAUACUGUAAAUACGGGACUAUCUCCAAA